GCAGACCAACCAGAUAUAUUAAGAGCAUCACAAAAAGAUGAAUAUUAUAAAAAAUUAUUUGAAGAUCAAAUUUUUGAAGUAUUGACCACAGUUAUUGGUCCAAGAGUUUUAAUGAAUAAACAAAGUGAAUCAAAAUUAUUAGCAAAUACAUUAUAUUAUUUAUUGACAACUAUGAUAGGUGCACAGACUCUUGGUGAAGAAUAUUGUAAUUUAAGAAAAAUAAAAGAUAAUACCUUUUCGAUACCAAAUAUAGCGGAUCGAACUCAAUUAUAUAUAUUUCAUUUAUUGGGACCUUAUUUAAUUAAAAAAGCAUUACCAAAAUUAUUUUUAAAAUAUCCAAAGCUUUACAUACUAAAAGAAAUGUUUCCAAAAUUAGAAAGAUUACAUUUAGCACUAUUUUAUUUUAAUGGUUCAUAUUUCGAAUUUUCUAAAAGGUUAUCAAACAUCAGAUAUAUUUUUAAUCGAAAAAUAGAUCAAAAAAGACCAAAAUAUGAUAUAUUAGGUUUAUUAAUCAUAAUACAAUUAUUAUUAUCAACCUUUAUGUACCUUAAAGAAAAUUCCUUUUUUUUAAAAUCAAAUCAAAAUGAUACUGAAGAAAUUGAAGAAUUGAAUGAAAAAAAUUUAACAAAUGAAAAUAAUAAUCAAGAUUCAGAAUCAGAUGCAAAAUGUACACUAUGUUUAGAAAAAAGAACCCAUACUACUGCCACUAUUUGUGGUCAUUUGUUUUGUUGGCACUGUAUUACUGAAUGGUGUAAUAAUAAAGAACAAUGUCCUGUUUGUAGAUGUCCUAUGGGUAUUAGAACUUGUAUUCCACUUUAUAACUAUUAA